UAUGAAGAUUUUCAUUGCCUUGUUUGCAGUUGUAGUAGAAAUUAACGCCCAAUGGAUCAGCGAUUGCGGUAAAAGCAAAUACAGCGAUCCUGGCAGAGAACAAUCAACUGAUAAAUUCGGAAGAGUAGUUGGUGGAUGGGAGUCAAGACCAAAUGAAUUUCCUUAUCAAAUAAGCCUAAACAUUUUUGGAUCUCACAAUUGCGGAGGUGUUGUUCUAAACAGCAAUUGGAUUUUGACUGCUGCUCAUUGCGUCUCUUCCGGUUCUACAACUGGUUUAGAAGUUCUAGCUGGUGCACAUAUUAGAAGUAAUCCUCAUGGUCCUGAACAUAGAUCUGAAGUUCUUCAAGUUAUCAACCAUGAAAAAUAUACCGAUCCAAAACGUUAUUCAAACGAUAUCUCUUUGUUGAAACUCGCUUCUCCUUUGACUCUCAGUGAAGAUAUUGCUCCAAUUUGUAGUCCAAGAGAUAUUACCUACAAUGGAGAAACUGUAACCAUUUCUGGAUGGGGUGGUACUUUUUCCGGAAGUCCAGCAACUGAUGAAUUGAGAUAUACGAAUGUUCAAGUUUGGACAAAUGCCGAUUGUGAAGGACCAUAUCCAGGUAGCAUUGAUGAAACUAUGAUUUGCGCUGCUGCUCCAGGACGGGAUACUUGUCAAAUGGAUUCUGGUGGUCCAUUGGCUUAUAAUAACAAUGGCAAAUUCGAAAUUGUUGGUUUAACUUCAUGGGGAAGAGGAUGCGCUCUUCCAACUCACCCCGGUGUGUAUGCUAGAGUUUCUCCUCAACUCGAAUGGAUCCGUGAAAACGCCGUUUAA